AUGAGCCUACCGCGCCCGUCCCCACCAAUCUUCUCCGCUUCGUCUCCACCUUCCUUCAGAUCUAAGUUUUCUCCGUACACGUGUCUCUCGCCCGCCACGGACCACUUCUCCACUUUUCGCCGCCCUCGCCUCUAUAUAUACCCUCCCAUCCCUACUUUUAAAGCCAACGGGAGAGUUCUCUCCGUGGUACAGACUUCCUCUCUUCUCAUUGCUCCGCUUCUUGCUCCGCUCCUAUUCGACGAAAUCUCCAUGCGAGACCUGAAAGCAUCGUCCCCCGCGGCGGCGCCGAAUGGCCCGCCGUCGCGAGACCUGAAAGCAUCGUCCCCCGCGGCGCCGAAUAGCCCGCCGUCGCGAUACUCCAAGCUCUCCAACUUCCUCCGCUCCGACCCUAUCACCCAAUCCAACAGUGAGGACGAACUCCCCACCCCCACCGCCACCUCCGCCACCGCCAGCCCCGCCCACCUCUCCGACCAUAACCCCACCAGCGCCACCAGCUCCCCGUAUACUCUCUCCCCCUGGAACCCCUCGGCGUCCCCCUUUGCGAAGUCCCCCUGGACCCAUUUCGUCCAGCCCUCCGACGACCCCCAGUCCUUCGGCCUCCUCGGCUCCCUCGUCCGCGAGGAGGGCCACGUGUACUCCCUCGCCACCGCCGGCGACCUCCUCUACACCGGCUCCGACAGCAAGAACAUCCGUGUCUGGAAGGGCAGCCGCGAGUUCGGUGGAUUCAAGUCCGGCAGCGGCCUCGUUAAGGCCAUCGUCAUCUCCGGCGAAAAGAUCUUCACCGGCCACCAGGACGGCAAGAUCCGCAUCUGGAAAAUUUCCCCCAAAAACCCCGCCGUCCACAAGCGCAUCGGCACCCUUCCGAGUCUCAAAGACUUCCUCAAAAGCUCCAUCAACCCCUCUAACUACGUUGAGGUCCGGCGGCACCGGAACGCCGUCUGGCUGCGCCAUUUCGACGCGGUUUCUUGCCUCGCCCUCGACGAGGACGCGGGGCUCCUCUACUCCGGCUCCUGGGAUAAAACCCUAAAAGUCUGGAGAAUUUCCGACUCCAAGUGCUUGGAAUCGAUCCAUGCCCACGAGGACGCCAUCAAUGCGGUGGCGGCGGCGGGGUUCGACGGGCUGGUGUUCACCGGUUCCGCCGACGGGACGGUGAAGGUGUGGCGGCGGGAGUGGGUAAAGAGGGGCGGCGCCACCCGGCACGUGGCGGUGCAGACGCUGCUCCGGCAGGAGAGCGCCAUGACGGCGCUGACGGUGGCGCCGGCGUCGGGGAGGACCGUGUACUGCGGGUCGUCGGACGGGCUGGUGAACUUCUGGGAGGACGUCGGCGAAGGCCGGCGGCUUGUUCACGGUGGGGUGCUCCGCGGGCACAAGAUGGCGGUGCUGUGCCUCGCGGCGGCCGGAAGCUUGGUGGUGAGCGGGUCGGCGGAUAAGACGCUGUGCGUGUGGCGAAGGGAGAAGGACGGGGCCCACACAAAGCUCGCGUUACUGGACGGCCACGCGGGGCCCAUCAAGUGCGUGGCCAUGGAGGAGGACCGGAGCGGUGGGCCCGCGGGCCCUCGGUGGGUAGUGUACAGCGGGAGCUUGGACAACUCCGUCAAGGUGUGGCGGGUGCCGGAGCGAGCAUCCGAGGCGGUCGUGCGGAAGCCGCAGCACGUGCGGCUCGGAUCCGAGGCGAAGCUCGGGCAGUCGCCCCCGCACGUGCGAGGGGAGAGCGGGACGUACCGGCGGAGCAACGGCACUGGCGGGGCUGGGAAGGGCUACGCUUCGGCGGUGGUCUCGGAGUUGAAAGGGAGGAGGGCCAGCGUGCGAGCUGCCUCUUGAGCACGUGCUGGAUCUGGUUCCGUGGUAUGGGAAAGGUUGAACAAGAUGUAUAUACGAGCCGGAGGUGGUUAGUCUUUGAUGUACAGAAUAACGGAGAGUAAUACAUGGUUGUAAUAUGUGUGUAACCGUGUGCGGGUAAAGCACUAAAGCUUCUUCGACGAGAGUGGGUUGAUGAGUUGAUGUUAAAGAGGUGUGAAUUGCUAGAACGGUGUGGAUUGUUAGAAAGGUGUGGUAGAGAGAUGAUGCGUGUACUGAAUAGUAGAGAUUUGUAUACAUGGUUAGGCGUUUUGAUAGAUUUAAGCUUGUAUUGUGAAGUUGCAAGCAAAAUCUUCCCUAAAAAAAAAGUUUUCUA